AUGAUUUGCCUCAGAGCCAUCCCCUCCCCUCGACUCCUCCACCUACCCCUCCCCCGCCUCGCCUCCUCCCCGCUCCGCCGCAUCAGGCCCUCCGCCGUCCUCUGCGCCGCCGCCGCCAUGUCCUCCUCCCCCUCCGUCGCUGCGCCCACCGUAGCGGCACCGGUCGAGCACAUCGUGCUCAUCAAGGUCCGCCCGGAGGCCGUGGCCUCGGGGGCGGCCGCCGCGAUGGUCUCCGCGCUGCAGGCGCUCUCCACGCUCGUCCCGGGGGUCUCCUACAUCCACGCGGGCCCCGUGCUCCGCCUCCGCUCCCCGGCCGCCGAGGCGCUCGGCCCCACCCACCUCCUCCACUCCCGCUACGCCACCAAGGCCGACCUCGCCGCCUACGCGCCGCACCCGGCCCACGUCGCCGCCGUGCAGGCGCACGUCGCCCCCAACGCGCUCGACGCCACCGCCGUCGACUGGGUCAACGCCGCGGGCGCCCCGUCCCCCGUCGGCCCCGGCGCCGCCGUGCGCCUCACCCUCGCCAAGGUCAAGGAGGGCGUGGAGGUCGGGCAGCUCGUGGAGAAGGUGGCCGCCGCCACCAAGGACGCCGGCGAGGCCAGCGGCUCCAAGGUCAGCUUCGGGGAGAACUUCUCCCCCGCGCGGGCCAAGGGGUACCAGUUCGGGAUGGUGGCCGUGUUCGGCAGCGUCGAGGAGCUGGACGCCGUGGAGGGCGACGGCAAGGUGGAGGAGGCCAAGGCCGCCCUCAGGCCCAUGCUCGACGAGGUCAUGGUGCUGGACUUCGUCGUCGACGCUCCGGCGGCCGCGAGCCUCUGA